CAGUGGAGGCUGCAGCCGUUCAGUCUGCGCUCUGACGGCCCGGUGGUCGGACGCGAGCUGUCUGCCUUCCUGACGGUGCUCUUGUCGCUGUUCUGCCCCCGUUUAUGUGGAAGAAGGAGCGUCUGAGAAGAGGGCAGUGUCGCUGAACAUCUCACACGUCCAACCUGCGGUCCUUCGUCUCCUCGACUGGCACUUUCCCCAGCAUGGCUUCAACGACCUGCACCCGCUUCACCGAUGAGUAUCAGCUGUACGAGGAGCUCGGCAAGGGUGCUUUCUCUGUGGUGAGGAGGUGCAUGAAGAUUUCCACAGGCCAGGAGUAUGCAGCCAAAAUCAUUAACACCAAGAAGCUCUCGGCUAGAGAUCACCAGAAGUUGGAGCGUGAGGCCCGCAUCUGCCGUCUCCUCAAGCACCCCAACAUCGUGAGACUCCAUGACAGUAUAUCAGAGGAGGGAUUCCACUAUCUAGUCUUCGACUUGGUCACUGGAGGGGAGCUGUUCGAGGACAUUGUGGCUCGGGAGUACUACAGCGAAGCGGACGCCAGUCACUGUAUUCAGCAGAUACUAGAAAGUGUUAAUCAUUGUCACCUAAAUGGCAUAGUACACAGGGACCUGAAGCCGGAGAAUUUGCUUUUAGCCAGCAAACUGAAGGGGGCAGCGGUGAAGCUGGCCGACUUUGGUCUGGCCAUCGAGGUCCAGGGGGAUCAGCAGGCUUGGUUUGGUUUUGCUGGUACCCCAGGCUACCUGUCCCCAGAGGUCCUGAGGAAAGACCCUUAUGGGAAGCCUGUGGACAUGUGGGCCUGCGGUGUGAUUCUCUAUAUCCUACUGGUGGGCUACCCACCCUUCUGGGACGAGGACCAGCACCGGCUCUACCAGCAGAUCAAGGCUGGAGCCUACGAUUUCCCGUCCCCUGAGUGGGACACCGUGACUCCAGAGGCCAAGGACUUGAUCAACAAGAUGCUGACCAUCAACCCAGUUAAGCGCAUCACAGCCAGCGAGGCCCUGAAGCACCCCUGGAUCUGUCAACGCUCCACUGUGGCCUCCAUGAUGCACAGGCAGGAGACUGUGGAGUGUCUGAAGAAGUUCAACGCCAGGAGAAAACUUAAGGGUGCCAUCCUGACCACCAUGCUCGCCACGCGGAACUUCUCAGCAGCCAAGAGUCUGCUGAACAAGAAGCCGGACGGUGUGAAGAUUAACAACAAAGCCAACGUAGUAACCAGCUCCAAAGAGCCUGUCCCGACUCCUGCUCUGGAACCUCAAACUACUGUAAUCCACAACCCAGCUGAUGGAAACAAGGAGUCCUCUGAGAGCGCCAACACCACCAUCGAGGACGAGGACGUGAAAGCCCGCAAGCAAGAGAUCAUCAAAGUUACGGAGCAGUUGAUAGAGGCCAUCAACAAUGGGGAUUUUGAAGCUUACACGAAGAUCUGUGAUCCAGGACUUACGUCCUUCGAGCCCGAGGCCUUGGGCAAUCUGGUGGAGGGGACGGACUUCCACAGGUUCUACUUCGAGAACGCACUGUCCAAGGGGAACAAGCCCAUCCACACCAUCCUGCUGAACCCGCACGUGCACCUGAUUGGCGAGGAUGCAGCCUGCAUCGCCUACAUCCGCCUGACGCAGUACAUGGAUGGCAACGGCAUGCCGCGUACCAUGCAGUCAGAGGAGACGCGCGUGUGGCACCGCCGGGACAGCAAGUGGCAGAACAUCCACUUCCACCGCUCCGGCUCGCCCACCGUGCCCUCCAAGUAAGCUUUAUAACCACCCCACAGAGUCUACGCUCACACCUUCACACUCUGUCUCACAGUUGAUACCUCGUCCAGCUCUGAAGGCCGCCAGCUGCCCCCCCCAUCCUCUGGCCUGGUGUGUACCACGCCCAGCCCCCCACCCCCGCCAUCACUCAGCCGUGACUCUCGAGUGUUUACACCUUAUUUACUGGAUGAGAUCCAGGCCUGUCAUUGAGACACCUUUUUUUGUUAUUAGACCAUAUUGUUUUUAAUCAGCUAGGUUGAUGUGCGUAGCGCUUAAUCAUAAUGGGACAUUUGUCAGACAAUCGCUUUUUUUUUUUUUUUUUAAUGUCUUAUGAUUGUAAAUCUUGAGAAACAUUUUUUUAUUAAGUGAUGACAUGGAAAUGUACAUGUUGUACACCGAAGCAGUUCUGUAGGGUGUCUCGAUUGUUCAACAUCUGGCCGACCCUUCACUAACCUGGUGAAUGCAUCGGUGUUCUCAGUCAAGCCUGUGAAACACCACUGGUAUGAAAGUCCAGAGCGCCCCCCCAUUGCGGGGAAAAUGAAACACGCUGCCCAUCGAGGGCAGUCAGCAGCACAUGCUUAUCGAAUAACAAACAUCAAUUCAGUACAUCUAUUUAGCUGGUCCGUGUCAAGCUGGUUCCAAGUUAAGAUGACAGGUGUUGGACAAUAAUGCAGGCAUGAGAAAUCGCCGAUUCUCACACGUGUCGGUUUCUGUUCCGCGGUUUUGUGUGAAGUCCUUUAAUCUCCAUUAUAGUUGUAAUAAAGGUGAGCUUGCUUUCGUUCUGGUGCUGUGCAGACUUUGUGGUUGAGGUAAUCGAUAUCUGCCUAUCUUUGAAGUUUUUUACGUGGACUCCAUCCGUAUCGUCUGGCUGCUCUAAACUGGUUUAUCAAGUUUACCUGGAUUAUUAAGAAUUUGUAAUGUCAAGAAAAGGGAAAGUGUUUUUUUUUUUUUUUUUUUUUUUUGCUAUGGUGUUUGCCUAUCACACAGCCUGUGCUGGUUAUAGAACGUAAUGCCUAUGUGUAAGCGUGCUCCUAAGGCCACUGGGAACAUAGAGCUGUAUCAAUGCCAUCUGUGAUCUUAUUCUUGUGAAUUUCUGUUGUAUUUUUCUCCAUCCCGUUUAAUCAGUAAGUUACCCUGAGUGAUCUUGGGUUUUCUUUGGGUCUUUGGUAUUGAUGGACAUUUUCCUGGGUUAUAUAACUGUCUGGUGCAUGACCUCCCUUAUCAUCCCAGUCGCUGUAGCCACGGUCUCUGAUUAUCCUGCACAUGAAUUGGACCUCUGUGUUAAUUACUCAUUUUAAGACUAAUACUCAAGGCUUUGAUGUUUUUAUUGGGGUUGGGGUGGGUUAUGGUUAAGUAGUUCAGUGUGAAUAACUGUUUAAAUGUUUUCUGUUUAAAUCUGUUCCCCCUACAGUUUAGACUACAUAGAGUACAGCCAUGUCAUUUGCCAACAAAUCUAUGGAGAGGGAUUUUCCUGUAAAUGGCAUAAAUGAUGUGGUUAAGAGACGUAUAGAUGGCAUUUUACUAUGUAUGAGGUGAUAUUUUUAUAUAUCUAUCAUCUGUAUAUGUAUAUAUGAGAUAUAUGGAGUGGAGUAGGUCUUCCGCAGAGGUUGUAGUGACCGUGCCGUUGAGCUUUCUUUCCUUUUCCCUGCUGGGUUUCUUCUUGCAUUAUGGGACACUGUACAUAUCUCUGGCCAUUUUUGCUCAAGAACUGGUUGACAUUUAAAAGGGAGAAAUAAAGUGACUUCUGCUCAGCUUGUUUUAUGUUAUUCUGCUGCAGGUGCAGUAUGUCUCCGAGCAGUGAGUGAAUGGGAGCAUCGUUGUCAGUGUGUGUGCGCGCGCUUGUGUCUGUAGCGCCAUCUGCUGGCUGUUAAUUUUCAGUUUGAGCCAUGCUACCAUCUAGCAGCUGGUUCUCCGGAGAGGGUGGGACAUCUUCAUGGGUUUUGUUUCUUUUGUGCCGUUUGACAUUUAUGUUGCCUUCAUAUGUAAUGCAGUGUCCCAUGUGCCAUGAUUGACAUUAAAGACUUCAAAUCAUA